CGGUAGUAGUAGGGAUUGACAUGUCGCGCAGAAAGGAUACGCUACGAAACAAGUGGUGUUUAUCGCUUCGGUAGUAACGUGCCGGCAGCGGUGACGGAACGCGUCUUUCGCAACUCGCCGAAGAAAACUAAUGCGUUCGAAGAGGAUCGAGCACGAGCCGACUCUCGACGAUCGUAGUGCCUCGUGGAACGCGUACGUCUCGUCCCUUCGACCCUAACCAAAGUGGUCGCGAUUCGUUCGUAGCUAGUUGUGCGACACAACGGUACAAACUUUAGGGAAGACGAAGAUAGAUAAUAGAGCGAUAGAUGUAACAUUGGCGUUGGUGAUAAGAGAAUUAGUGAUAUUGUUAUUACUUUGACGGAGGCUCGAGUGGACUGGGAGAGCGCAUGUUGCUCUCUUCGAGAUUCGAUCGGUCAAAGAACAGCUGGGAGAAAAUUUCGAAAAGGAAAUGUUUUAAAACGCAGUCCCUUCAGUCGCAUCGUACAAGGGUGAAAGACCAAUCGUGUAGAUCGAGUCAUGACGGCAUAUUGGUUCAACGUCAUUCUUUUCAGGGUCUUCUUUCCGGCCGUAUUAGCAGGAUGUACGAUAUGGCGACCGGUAGGACUAUCUCUCGUAUAUUUGGGUCUCAUGUUAUACUCGCCGAUGGUCCCAACGCCCACAAGCAGAACUAUGUCCGGUCAUACGGGACUUUAUUUGAAGGCAAGCAUCUGUUUGUGCUUCCUCGUAGCCAUAACUCAGCUCACGUUUCACAUAGUUUUAUUAGCGAUGCUGCCAUAUGGUCAUUUUCUUCAAGACUGUCAAUUUAUGGAAAAACUAUUCAGACACAUAGGUUUAGUAAAACUAGAUAACACAUCGGUAUGGGAGGUGUUUUACUGGCUGACACCGGAAUUGAUUCUUUUACCGACAACGAUAAUUAUAUACGUCGCGUGUCGUUUCUUAACGCAAAGUAAACCGAGCGACGACGAAGGGGAAGUAUCAGUUCAACGUCUAAAUGAUUCCGCCAAGAAAACCGAGGAUAGGACCACGAAGAUAAUCAACUUCUUCGGUCAUAUCGGCACGUACGUCGUUCUUGCCUCCUUGUGCUGUACGGCAUCUUUGAAGCCAUCGGUGGAAGGAGCGUUCUACUUUCUGGUUUUUCUCGGCGCCGCCACAUGGUGGGCUUGCAACAAGGAAUUGCGAAAAGGUUUUGCAAUUAUAUGCAAAAUCGUUAUGGUCGUGGUGAUCGUACACAUUCUGGCGCUACUCGGUUAUCAGAAUCAAUGGCCUCAAGAACUCAUACCGGUCAAUAGCACAUGGUCUCGUUAUUUCGCGCUCACUGCGAUUUAUCAUACCAACUGUAGUCGACCGACGUACGUGGAAUAUGCGGAUAAAAGCGAUUGGCUGCCUUACGGAUAUGCAUUGAGACUCUUCUGGCUCUACUACGUUCUGGCUCUGCAAUCUCGAUUUCUCAGUAAAAAACCAGCAAAGAAAGUGGCACGAUUAAGCGGUAAGCUCGAGAACUUGGACACGCCAUUGUCCAGACACGUUUCGAUCAGACGAAGGACACCGUCCCAAAGAUGGCAAUCCGCACGACGGAAGGCUCGCAGGCCGAUCAUUGAUACGUCGACGACGAUUCCCGACGAGAGGACUCCCUUGAUGCGUUUUGGAUCUGGAAGAACAGGACUUUUGCAAGACUCCACCGGCAGCGUUAUCAUACAAGAUGGUCAUCAAGAUGACGGCAUUCAAUUGCAAAGUCUCAGCGAUGGCGUGCCUGGAGACAAUCCUGGAAUUUUUGAACAUAUCAUUAUGGCAGUGUACUCGAUAUUUCAGUUACUAAUCAAUUCCUCUUACCUCGCUAUGAAUAUCAUCAUGAUGACGUGGAGUAUAAUGUAUCACAGUUGGAUGACCUUCGCCCUUUUACUUUGGGCUUUGAUCCUAUGGAUGAUGUCCAAUAAACGUGCUUCGAUGAUGAAAUGUUCACCCUUCAUCGUCUUUUAUUCGACUCUUUUGUUACUUGGACAAUACGUUUACAGUAUGGAUUUGACCGAGGAAGAACUACCGACGACGGUCAACGGCAUAAAAAUAUCCGAGAUAGGCUUCAGCAAAGCGCAAGAGCUCAGCCGUUGGCAUCUGAUCGUUAAGUGUUCGUUCAUGUUGAUAUUUUGGAUCACGAUGAGACAGUAUACAGCAGAGUGGAAACAACAGAGACGACUGUCAACUUUGAGAGACAUGGUUGCGCCUUUGCACGUUUCAGUUACCACAGCCACCACAGCUAUGAAUUACGAAGUGCAAGAAGUGAAAAGCAAAUUUAUGGAAGACGUUGGUAUAAUCUUGAAACAACUUUUGACAAAAUUCUGGAUAGCCGUCGUAGCUGUUAUGCUCUUCAUUUGUGGUAUCACCGGUGAACGAAUGACAGUUUUUAGGAUUAUUUACAUGUCCUUGUUCCUCUUCUUCGUGAUCACAUUUCAGAUAUCCUGGUUAGUAUGGAGAAAGGUGAUGUAUACAUUCUGGAUAACCGUCAUUGGAUAUUCGGUAAUCAUGUUGAUACUCGUGUAUACCUAUCAAUUCCAAAAUUUUCCGGAAUAUUGGAAUUACUUGGGCAUAAACAAACAAUUACAAAUGGAUAUUGGCUUGGAAAUAUAUGAAACGAAAGAUUUCUUCGUAAGACUGCUGAUACCAACAUUUUUCGUUAUUAUCACGGUGGUUCAGAUGCACUAUUUCCAUAAUGACUUCUUAAAGAUAACGACUAUCGAUAAACUCGGAUCAGAAAGUGCUCUUAGACGAUCGAGUCUCGGGCAUAAUCCUAGUUUAAAUCAUUCCACAACGUCGCCUACGGAAAUUAUUCUUGGAGAAGAAGAGACAUCCAAUGUCUACACUUUGAAUCAACUUAAACGAAUGUCAAGAUUGGAAAAAAUCGAAUUUAUAAGAAAUUUAAUGAAUCAUAUAUACAAUUUUUACAAUUACACUUGGUUGUUCCUUGAAAUUCACAUGCAGAAAAUUAUCUUUAUUUCUCUGAUUCUUUUGUGUAUCAGUGACGUAUGCGCAAUAAACUUCCUCUUCGUCCUUGCUAUAGUUAUCGUAAUUAAUUUCAAUAGGAACAUACAGAUCAUGUCGAUCAACAUUAUAGUUGCGAUCAUUGCCCUCUUGAUGGUAACGAAGAUGUUGUAUCAAAUAAAGUAUAUCGAUCAUAGUAAUUGGAACGUAAAUUGCACGAGAGAAGUUAACGAAAAUAUAGGAAAGUACGCUAGCAAUGACACCGUAUACAACAUCGCAGAAUGGUUUGGUAUAAAGAAAGGUGAACCAGGACAUCUCGCAGAAUUGUUGAAGGGAUACAUUGGUAUCGUCACAGUAACGACCUUAAGAAAAAUCAUUCGAAUUCGACAGUGGUUUUUUCGACAAAAAAAAGGGGAAUCUUUGGACACUCCUCAAGUCAUGUUUCCAAAUAUUGUCAGAGCAGACGCAGACAAGGGUAUACCAGAAUGCUUGAAGUUCCUCUUUAAUUAUGGAUUUUAUAAAUUCGGCCUUGAGAUGUGCCUUAUCGGAAUUGUGGCACUUAUUGGCAUGAGACUCGACUUUUACUCCGUUCUUUAUGGUUGUUGGCUUCUAUUGUUCUUCCUAUUAAAGAGGAAAACCAUUUCUAGGAUAUGGCCGUUCUUUAAAACGUUCGCUAUAAUAUCGUUGCCUGUACAAUAUGCUUUGGUGGUAGCACCACCUACGUGGUUUUGCAUAGAAUAUCCUUGGAGUCAUUCGGAGAUGUUACGAAGGCUGCAAGAAUGGAUGUAUUUCCCAGAUCCAGAUUUUCCACCGAAUCCUAAGAAAUUAAUCUGUGACUUUUUAUUACUGAUGAUGAUCAGUCGGCAGAGCCUUGUCUUUAAUAUUGAACAAAAUAUCUUAACGUCCGGUCAAGAAUUCGUAGCCGGUCAUAACUUUUCUGUUUAUCAAAACAUGGACAAUCCGAAUUUUAUAAAUCCUGUUAAAGACUACGUCUCUCACAUACACAGCUGGUUAGACGUAUUUAAACGUGGCAGCAUGAUGAGUCUAAUGUGGAUCACUCUUUCCAUUAUGUUUUUGGCUGGAACAAAAAGAACGAAUUUGUUCUCCCUUGGAUAUCUUAUCGGUGCCUUUGUAUUACUAUGGCAAGGUAGCGAUUUCUACUUGAGACCAGUCAGGACGAUACUCAAUUGGUGGAAGAUGUUACUUGGUUACAACGUCAUUGUGAUCUUUUCAAAAUCCUUACUUCAAGGUGUCGGCUGUGUUCUGAUACAAGAGUUACAAGAUUCUGCCUGCUGGCUGGUCCAAUUACUAGGUAUCGCCUGUCUAAAAAAAUUCCACAGCGCAACCGACAAUUUAGGAAUCGGAGGAGACACUUGCCAAGUACCACGAGAGGACAUCGGCAUGGUUUGGGAUGGAUUAUGUUUUGGCUUUCUCUUGAUUCAACUGCGCUUCUUUAAAAGCUAUUACUUCUUCCAUAUCGUGGACGAAACGAAGGCAAUGAGUAUAUUAGCAUCACGAGGGGCUGAGCUUCUUGAGGAGCUGCAUCAGAAACGCAUAAAGAUCCAAGAUAAUGUGGAAAAGGCUAUCCUACAGAAACUCAAACACAAAAUGGACAAGAUUAAAGCUAAUCAAAGAAAAAUUCAGGGACCAUCGUACAGAGAACCUGAAACCCAUCAAAUAGAUACUCUUUAUCCAGGGACUCGGCCUUUGUACAGAGUUCGCGUGCCAAAGACCAACAGAGAGGCCAUCAGAUCAGGCGACUACUACAUGUUCGACGAUUUGGACGACGAUGAUAUAACCGAUAUUGUGGCUGAUACCGAGAUAGAACGAAAGGAGGCAGAACAACUCCCCGAAGAUAUACGCGACGAAAGAAUGACGAUAAUGGAGCUGAUGGAUACGCUGAUUAAGACAGACAUUGCGAUAGCGACCCACGUUGCCAUGUAUGGAGGAUCGAAAAAGGAUGCGUUGAGACUUCGCCGUCGGAGCGUACCGCUGACGCGGAAGAAAUCGUCCAUGUCCUAUCUGAGCGCGCGAUCCGAGAACGAGACUGCCGUGCCGACCGACGCUGCUGAUCGAACGAGCAUUACGUCGGAAGAGAUCGAAUCGGAAGAAAAAGAAUUAGCAGCCGUGGACUUGACAAAACCACCACCUUCCGAGGAUGAACGACAGGAAGAAGAUAAGACGUUGGAAAGGAGUGUCGAAGAGGAUGAGGAAAAAGCAAAAAAAGUUUCCGUUUCUACGUAUUUUCAAUUCGUUUGGGUAAUAAUCAAUAGUACUCUGAUCUCGAUGACUAAGUAUCUCAAUCAAUUUUCACGAGAUUAUAGAUAUAUUCGCAAGAUUUUAGCGAUGGAGAAGAAAAUAUUAAAGGAAAAAUCGGAUUUCAGAACGGGUUUCAGAUUAGGAAUUAAUCAAAUGUGGCAACCGAUACCACUGGUACAAGAAAGAUCGACAACUAAUGAAGAUACAGAAGGAGCUAGUAAUCCCGGUGAAGGUCCUAGUCAGCAACAAUCUCCGAAAGUCGAGAGCGUGAUUUUCUCGCAAAUGUCGCAAGACCAAGUCGAGGAGGAGGUUGCAGAAUUGUCCGAAGUUGAUCAACCACCGAUAAUUCAAUUGGCAGCAUCGAUAUGGUUUGGAAUUCUGGCACAUUCGAGCCUGCUGUGUUAUUUUAUGGUAUUUCUUCAUCAAAUUAAAAAUGCCUCCGUUAUCUCCACGCCAUUACCUCUGAUGGUGUUUUGUUGGGGUUCUCUGACGAUUCCGCGACCUUCGAAAACUUUUUGGGUGACUUUAAUCGCUUAUACGGAGGCAAUCGUCAUUAUGAAAUGCAUUUUCCAAUUGGAGCUCAUUCCUUGGAAUCGAAAAGCAGCAUCUAGUCAUCCGCUCUUCGGACCCAGAAUCAUUGGCGUUGAACGACAACGAAAUUAUGCGCUAUGGGAUUUAUUGUUACUGCUUAUGGUUUUCUUCCAUAGAUUCAUGCUAAAAUCAUUGGGACAGUGGACCUCGCCGUCGAUAAAGCCAAGAAAGAUUAUCCCUUCUAAUUUGACAGUGGUUGAGUCAAAACCUCCCGAUCCUCCUUCUGGAGACGGCCAAGCGGAAGAAUCGACGACGACUUCUUGGCAGCAAGAGACUGCAGAAGCACCCGGCAUUAUUAGAACACCAAAGGGUCAAAUUUUAAAUAUUAAUGAUAAAACGGAUUCGCAGAAUCCCGCAGUAACGGUAAAUGAAAACGAGAAGCUUGUUGCUAUCCAAGGCGAAGAGAUACAUCCUUACAAGGAGAACAUCUCAACGACCAUGAAUUUGACAUUUAACAAGUAUCUAGAACCUAUGAAAAGAUUCUUCACUAAAAUUCUUAGUCCCGUCGGCAAAGAGAAAACAAACGUCUACGCGUACAUGUUUCUUUGCGAUUUCUUUAAUUUCCUUCUGCUGAUUUUUGGAUUUUCUGCCUUCGGGACACAGCAGGGCGAUGGUGGAGUGACGGCUUAUUUGCAAGAAAACCGAGUACCCAUGCCUUUCCUGCUGAUGUUAUUACUUCAAUUUGCUUUGAUAGUUAUCGAUAGAGCCUUGUUUUUGAGAAAAUCCAUUGUCGGAAAGUUGAUCUUUCAAUAUUGCCUGAUAUUUGGAGUUCACAUGUGGAUGUUUUUCAUAUUACCGAGUGUUACGGAAAGACAAUUUAAUGACAAAUUACCACCACAGAUUUGGUAUAUGAUGAAAUGUUUUUAUUUAUUGCUCGCAGCGUACCAAUUGCGCCAGGGAUAUCCAACUCGCAUACUUGGCAAUUUCUUAUGCAAGAAAUAUACCAUAGUAAAUUUCGUCUUAUUUAAAGGAUUCAUGUUGGUUCCAUUCUUGUUUGAAUUGCGAGCUGUCAUGGAUUGGAUUUGGACCGAUACCUCCAUGACGAUAAUGGAUUGGUUUAAAAUGGAGGAUAUAUUUGCCAGUAUUUAUCAAAUUAAGUGCAUGCGCGGCAUGGAAACAGAUUUUCCACAACCACGAGGAGAAAAAAAGACUCAAAUGAGCAAGUAUCUCGCUGGCGGAGGUGCACUUUGUGUCAUAAUAGGUCUUAUAUGGUUCCCUCUCUUGUUGUUCGCACUUGGUGGAACAGUUGGUGUUUCGAAUUUGCCUUACGAGGUGUCGAUGAAAAUAGCUAUAGGACCGUACGAACCGAUUUAUUCGAUGUCUGCACAGACCAGUUCGAUCAUGGAAUACAAAGAAGAAGAAUUUAAAAAUUUUACAGACUUGUAUACUCGGGAUAAAGCAGCGAUUACCUUCUUAGAAAAUUAUAUUAAUACGGAUGUGGCGAUUGUUAAACUUAGUACUUCCUCCGGCAAAUUAUGGGAUAUUUCACCUCCUGACAAAACUAGAUUAAUCAAGGAACUGGAUUCUUCGGCAGACGUUGUUGUUCACAUUGAAUGGACAGUUUCUAGAACAACGAAUGUGAAAGAUUUGUCUGGUAUAACAACGAGCCAUCAUAACGUGGUACUGUUACCAACUGAUCCUACAAGAAGGAUAUUAGCAGACAUGUUAACUGUAAACGGAUUAAGUCCAUCUAAUUCUACAAUAAUUAUACCAUAUUCAUUUCCAAAAUUCCUCAAAGUUACCAGUAAAACCACCGAUGUUGUUCGACAAUUAAUGAAAUUACCGAGCUCGCAAUCGUUGAAUGAAGAGGACGUUGAUACGUCCAAUGACAAACAUCUAUAUAGAAAUAUUAGCCUUCAAUUAUCCAUUGAUCGAGAUUGUUGCGCGCAUCAGCAAUGGUGGGUCAUACAAGAAGUUUGCGACGAUCGUUUUUAUUUAGAGUUAUUGCAAAAUAUACCAUUGAAUGAUUGCAAAGAGGUUACGAUGUUCCUUUUCAAUGAUAAAGUAUUUCCGGAAGGAUUGAGCUUUAUCAGUGGAUUUGGAAUUUUGGGUUUGUAUACUACUGCUGUAAUUGUGAUAAGUCAAAUGAUGCGAAAAGUGGUAAGCGAUAUGGCGCCAAAGAUAAUGUUCGACGAUCUACCGUACGUCGACAGAAUUCUUCGAUUAUGUUUGGACAUUUAUUUAGUACGCGAAAGCGGUGACCUGUGCUUGGAAGAAGAUUUGUUUGCAAAACUUAUAUUCUUAUACAGAUCUCCAGAAACCCUUAUCAGAUGGACGAGACUACCAGAAGAAGGAGAGCGCACUGACAAUGAGGAUCAAGAUGAAGAAGAUGUUAAUGAAGCGGAAGAAAGAGAAACGCGUGAAAGACCUCACCGUGAUUAAAUUAUUAAUAAUCACGGUUAUAUAUAAUCACGGAGCAUCUGAUGACGUAAAAAUGAAAUAUGAUGGCAUAUAAAGUGUGUUCAUUUUAUAAAGUAAAAAUCAAUUCUAAUGACCAAAACGGAAAGUCAACUUCAGGAGUAUGUUAUACUUCGAGGAUUAUUUCUAACGCAUAUGUAGGUGAUAUAAAAGAGUUCUAUAUCAAGGAAGAUUCUUUUCUUAUUGGAAGGAGAUGUUAAAAACGGGAAUACUCUUCAUUUAUCUAAAACCGCAGAGGCAUGCUUCUAAUAAUGAUGCAAUUUAUAAGUGGCUUAUAAAUAAAAAAAGCCUUUGGUAUGCAAGUUUUUAAUAAAAACGACGAAUGCUUUUAGAUUUAAAUUGUGAAUGAAAUUUGGAAUAUACACGCUUUAUUUAUGAGAUCGUAAGAAAACGUAAAAAAUAAUACACGUAAAGAAUAUGUUUAAAAACGAAAAAAAAAUUGACACACGAAUCGUAUACUGGAAAUGUUUGUUGAUUGCCUCAGUAAUGGCCUAUACAAUUUCACUAAGAAUUUCUCUUCGUAAUUGUACAAAUACGUCUACAGAAUCUAUCAUUUGUUAAUGAAUAUAUCAUUCAUUAAAAAACACGUUGAAUUUUUAAUAUGAAUUCUAUCAUGAGUUAUGCAUUUAAAUAUACAUUUUCAUAAAUAAUUUUAUGAUCUUCAUUAUGCUUAAUAUUUUCUAGUUAAUAAUAUAAAACUAUGUAUAUAAAAGAUAUAUGCUUGAAAGAAUUUUAUAAAUAUUAAUAUAACGGAUCUAAUAAGAAUAAAAUUCUUUAUUAAAUGAUUGCAUACACAUUGUAAUUAAUAAAUAUUUAUGCAGAAUGUAUUAAACGUAUUUUUAAUGCAUUAUCAUCGGUCUCUCACGCAAAUCAACAUUAUACGCAAUAUAUCAAUUUAAUAAUAUACUGCUUAUAUAUUUAUUUGGCCGAGCAAUCAUGCAUAAAUGUGACCGCUGACAAUGGAUUAUGACAUUAUAAGUAAGUAAUGGAAUGAUACAAAAAUAAAUUAUAUUUGUGAUAA